AAAUCAAAACUCUAACAAAUAACCUAUUUCUAAACAAAAGUUUGACACUUUAGUUAGCUAGCUUUGCUUUACCCUCUACCCGUUAUCAUCUCCAGAAUAGAGAUUCGGUGGCUUAUUGGCAGACGUAUGUAAGCAUGUGUAUUUGAAAUACUAGGUGGAAAAAAGUUACGUCAUGUUCAGCAAAAGGACGUAAAGGGCACGCCCUUAUACUGGCGUUAUCCGUACUUUUCCCAUUCGUGAACAUUAGCUUGAUUUUUAAUUGUUAUUUGCGCUGUUUCUCCGAAACUCCUGGCCUAACGAAGAGCAGAAGAAACUGAGCCCAAACUCAAUAUUUGUACCUCGAUGUGAACGCGUAGCUCAGGUAGGAUAACGAAAAUACAAAGUGGAUGCUAAACAAGUUCAUUUGAAGAAAAAUAUGUUGUUUUCAGCUCUAUUAUGCAGCGUUGUUAUUGCCAUAUUGUCAACAGAUCCUGUCGGCGGUCAGGAGGAAAUUGCUGCUAUGGCUGAAACAGGGAAGUCCGUGAGCUGGUCUUGGCCUUCAGCAAUAAAGGACAAACUUAACCAAAAUAUAGAUCAAUUAAUUAACAGGCUUCAGCAAGACUCCCGAACGUCGAAAUUUUUUGAUUUCCUAUUUGAAAAUAGGACCGCGGUCUACCUUUCGACAACUUGUUUUAUCGUUGGUACGAGCCUUCUGAUAGUCAUCCUGAUAAUCUAUAAUCCAAUCCUCUCGCCCUUCACGGCAGAAAAACACAAACGGCGGUUUCGACUAGCGGAAAAGGGUCCUGAACUUGAAAGUCUGAUCACAAAAAAGCCAGAUACGGAACAGGCGUGCUCAGCUGGGGCAGGUGACACGAUUGCAACGCAGGAUGCUCACAAAGGCUCACAGGAACCAUCCAUCAAGGUAGAGGGACGUGGCGUGGACUGGGCGUCCGCAACAGCCAAGGCAGUACUGGAACAACCUCGACGCGGGUCAGACCCAUACGGGGGUAUCAUUGAACUGUGCAAGCAGAAAAUGCCCGCGCGUUUCGCAGACGUUUUGGAGCUUAAGCAUCCAGAAGAUUUGUACACGUUCAUUGGCCGGACAGCGGAUGGAGUGCUAUACCGAUUUCAAGCGACAAAUAUGAAUUUCAUCGUGAAAAUUUUUCCUGUAUUUAGUGAGUCGAUUGCUGAUAAGGAGCGACUCCUUCGCAGCUUGAUGUUCUUAAAUCGACUGCAUACCUCGCCGUCGAGGUUCUUGUGCAGGAACUUCGUCGAGAUCGAAGGCGCAGCGUUUGUGCAGGAUAAUUUCCCGUCAAGUUUGCUCAAUCUAGCAGCUGCUUCGCACACGAAAACCACCAGCGCCAAUCACACCGGCGACGCAACGACCCCCAGAGAUCCAUUUUACGUUUGCCGAAAUUAUCUGGUCGUCUCGAUGGAGCCUGCAGGCAUGCCUUUCAGUCGUUGCCUGAUAAAGAACGCCGCUCAAGCCAAAAGUAUUGUACAACAACUAUGCUUUACCUUGGCUGUCGGAGAGCGAUUUGCCGGCUACACAGUUCAUGUGGCUGACGUUGACAAGGUUUAUCUAAAGUCUACGGAGAAGGGCAAGAUCGAUUUUCGACUCGAUGGAAUCUCAGUAGCGGUCAGGCUGAUUGACGGGGUUAUUGCUAAACUAGGUGGAACAUCUUUCUCUCUCGGCAGUGCGUCACUCAACGAGAAUCAGCUAAUCGAAGCCGCUGAUCGUCGUAUACCGAGGACGUUUGACCGAAAUGUCGAGUUCCUUUCGAGAGUCGUCAGGUUAUUACUUGAACGGAUCCCGCGAGAUAUCGAUCCAAACACUAUUCGAGAUGAGCAGAAAAUCAUUUUCGAUCUCAAGGACAUUGAAAGUCACUUAAGAAACUUCGACUGCGUCUAUCGCUUCACAAUGUUUAAAUUUAUCCAGCCCAGACAGUCGCUCGCAGUGGUUAGCGUCAAUGGACCAAAACUCGCUCAUAAUUUCGGCGUUUAAUAAGGAACUCUAAUGAGCAUCUUCGAAUACGGGAAUACAGACCGUUUGUUUUUAAAAGGGACAAAAGCCUAGACCAUUACGAUAACACAAAAUAUAUUUACCUAUUACAAACCCGUUCUUUCUUCAUAUGGAGUAGCUGGUUAAGGUCAAACAAUGAGCUCGAGGUGAUAGCGUUGUUGGCUGGUAUAACCCUCAGAUUUGGCGACAAGGGAACAUUCUCCAAAUUCGAAUUAAAUUUCCGUACGCAAAUAUGUGGUAAGCACUCGUUUUUGCCUAAAGCAAAUGAAUGUAUUUUAUA